AUGACAUUAGCAGAGUUGUUGGGACGGUCGAGAAUAGCCCAAGUAGCUAGCAAUCACAAGCCGUUGACAUACACGGGCAAAAAAUUUCACCCUACGCACCAAAUCAUUGAAACUAAGUCAUCAACAUUGUACAGACAAGAAUGGGGGUUGAAAUCCGCCAUUCCGUCAAAAAUCAAAUCUCGAUACUUGGUGUUUAAUGACUUGGACACAUUGGAACGAAUCACAACAUUCGAACCUAGAGGUGGCGCUCAAUGGAACAGGCUGAGAUUUCAAGAAAUGGGGGUGCCAAUUGUUUCCAAUAUAGGCAGACAGAACCCAUUUUUCAAGGAUAUUUCACAUUCCGAGGAUGAAUCAGAUGCAAGAUUGACAUUAUUCAAAGAGAUGAAAGGCGAUGCAGAUAUUUCGCCUGCUGCAAUGGAAAAGCGUUUAAAAAAGGUAACAGCCACAAUCAAAUCGUUUCAAAAUGAAUUUAAAGAAUGGCUAGUGGAGAAUCAUUCAGAUGAAUUGAAAUUAAAUUCCAAUAAACUGGAGGAUUAUGUGGUAAAAUUUUUAAACAAGAAGUUGGGAGCGAAAAGAAACAACAAAUUUAAUUCUGAAAUCAUAGGUACAGGUGGUUUAUCAUACAGUUUAUCGGGUAAACUGAAAAAUUCACCAAACGGUAUUAUUCAGAGAAAUAUAGUACCCGGUAGAGUCUUGAACGUUGUUAAAGAGAAUAACGACAAUAAAUGGCUGGCAGCUAUUGGUGGGUUUGUUGCUGAUGUGGUGUUUUUCCAAUCUCCACCUAGUUCCUUCAAUUCUAUGGGUGAUUUCAUCAGAAUGAAAACGUUUUUGUUUGAGAUCUUAGAGGCAUCCAUGGAGAAAAACGGUUCCGUUUCAAUGCACGCUAGAUUGUUGGAACCACAAAAUGACAAGACUAGAGAGUUUUUCAAUAAGAGACCAAUUUAUAAACCCCUGGCUUCUAGAAGGGCUCGUCGACCAUCAGUGGGAAACGUCCAAGAGGCCAAUAAUCUUCUGAAUAUAAUCAAGGGAAAUUGA